CCAGUACAGUGCAGUGCGCCAGUGGAGGCAGGCGCGCGCGUACCUGUACAACACACACACACACACACAUCUUCGUCGUUUGUUCUUGUUUUUAUCGUUGUUGUUGUUGUUGUUUUUCUAGUUAUUGUUGUUGUUGCUGUCUAAGUGAUCUGGUGGUAAGUGCGCGCGCGGCCGCUUCGUGACGCGUGGCUGCGAAGUAGUGCGCGGAGCGAUGGGGCGCCUCGCAUCGUCGUCAUCCUCGAUGGGGGGCCUCAUCCAAGGCUUCGAUUACCAUCAUCGACCAUCAUCGAGGCCUCGGCGCUUCCUCGGCGCUGGCGGCGGCGGCCGCUCCUGCUUCCUGCUGCUCGUCGCUCUGCUGCUCGUCUUCUCGACGAGCGACGGCGGCUUCGGGGCACUGGCCAUCGAUCUCGCCAGGCUCUACGGACACGGCAAAUUGAUAUCGCCGCCAGUCAAGCGUACCGACGGAGGAGAGGCUUGUCAUCCCUACAAGCCGUUCAAGUGCCCGGAGGACGGCACCUGCAUAUCCAUACAGUAUCUGUGCGACGGAGCGCCCGACUGCCGCGAGGGAUACGACGAGGACCCGAGGCUAUGCACUGCUGCUAAAAGACCACCUGUGGAGGAGACAGCGAGCUUCUUGAAAGCGCUUCUGGCUAGUCACGGGCCUAAUUACCUCGAGAAGCUCUUCGGCAACAAAGCCCGCGAUGCCCUGGAACCGCUCGGCGGAGUGAACAAGGUCGCCAUCGCCCUGUCCGAGUCGCAAACGAUCGAGGAUUUCGGCGCGGCGCUGCACCUCAUGCGCUCGGACCUCGAGCAUCUGCGCUCGGUCUUCAUGGCGGUGGAGAACGGCGACCUCGGACUGCUCAAGUCGCUCGGCAUCAAGGACUCGGAGCUCGGCGACGUCAAGUUCUUCUUGGAGAAGCUCGUGCAGACCGGAUUUCUCGACUAAGCGAGCACGACAUUGUCGUUAUCGCUGAACGAAGAGUCGAACAACAGCAACAGAAACAUCAACAAAAUCAACGAUCUAAGAGAACGAGAAAUUAGGAAAUGGGUAGAAAUUGUAUAAGCGAGAGUGGAGGGGGGUCGAAAAGUUUUGGAGCUUAUAAGUGUGCGUGUGUGUGUGUGCGUACGUGAAGUUUAUCCGCUAAAAUGGACAAUUGAUUAUUGGUACGGGAAUAUAAGUAAUAAUACGCGAGAGACUGAUCGCUCCAAAUACCAAGAACAAACGCAAACAUAUCUAAGCUAUUUUCUAAAAAUAAAAAAACAAAGAAACUGAAAUAGAGGAGAUGAUGAUGAUGAAGUUUAAAACGAAACAAUGUCAUUAAGCAUUUACGAGUGAUAUGUCUAUAUUACGACACCAAAAUGUCAAGGAUCGUCAAAAUAUAUAUACAUAAACGCAACGACGACGACGACGACAAAAUGAAAGUCAAUCGGAUUUAUCGCGAUCGUUAUUAAACUCCGAACUAUUAUUAGCCAGGGGCAGGGCCGCUAAUUAAUGCCAACGAUUUUCUCGAGCAGCAGCAGCAGCAGCAGCAGCAGCAGUACUCGGAGGCGGGGGAGGCGUACACAGCGUACAAACUCUCCUCCUCCACCUCCAACGGCUGCCUCCGCUGCUGAAGCGAAAGCAAACUCUCUCUCUCUCUUUUGGUUCCCGCUACGUUAUUAUGCUACGCGUGAUUAAUACUAUAUGCGUGGGCUGCGUUGUUCGGCGUGGUUUGUGCAUUAUAAUACACACACUACUUGUGUAUGUGUGCAGUGUGUACGUGAAUGCGAGUAUCAAAGGAGAAACUUGUGCCACACUGCUCGAUGAAGUUUGCGAUACGUACAUAAAAUAAACUUUGAUGCUGCGAUCUGUGUAGCGAGAGAGAGAGAGAGAAGAGAAGAGAAGAGGCCCCGGUAAAUAACGUCGCGAGAAAAUCACGAUAUCCACGUAUAAACACACAAACUCACACGUAUCAAUGGCACAAAUCAAUUUGCUAUAACCGAAUUUUUCUCCUUCUUAAUAGACGUUUUUCCGAAAAUCUUUUGAUCUUUAAUCGACACACAUAAAAAUCGUACCGGAUAAAGCUACAUAAGAUGUUUUCCAUUUUUAGAUCGAGUAUUAAUAAUAUAACUAACAUACAUACAUUGUAAUGUCGGGAAAGUAGUUGUUUAAUAACGCGUAAUACGACUUAAUUCAUUAGAAGUAGACAAAUCGAUGGAUAACAUACAUGCGAAUUGUUUGCACAAAUUUUGAGACAAAAAUUCAUCGUAGAAACUUAGCGUCCAGAGUGUAAAAAAAAAAUUAUUAUUAUUACAAUGCCGCUUUUGACGACGACUGCAGAGGGUAAUUUAUCGUACCUUUUUUUUGUUCCUAAUCCAUACGUUUGAGUUUGCUCACACAGUUCGAGACACAUACGCGCGUAUACGUUUAGAUUCGAUUAUCGAAGUAUAAAUUCGAAAGAAAAAACAAAAAAAAAAUAGUGAGAUUAUACACACAGGAUAUAUUUUAUAAUGCGAAAACUUUUUCCAAGAGAACGAAAAACGUGAAAAAAACGAAGAAGAAGAAGAAAAGAAAAAAGAACGAGUCAGUUUUUGUAUAUGAGCUUUUUGAAAAUGGAAAAAUCUUAUACACGGCUUUCUUUGAUUUUUGCUUUUUCGAAGAAGCUUACCAAGGUAAAAAAACAAUCGUUUGACAAUCAGUAUUUUUUCGAUCAUUGAACGUGACAAUCCCAAUUAUUCUUCCUGCUAAUCGAGUCGAAUUUACUUAUACACACAAUGUAUAGUUUUAACUUUCCCGAAUGAUAUUUAGAUAAAAUUUAAACGAAUUAGUUUGUUGUAUUGUUAGCAGCGCAGUAUUUGCUGAUGAAAUUUUGCGUUUACGAUGCUCACGUAAAGUCGUCGAUUAUAUCUAUAGGCAACCGUGAAUAGAGUUACAUAAUUUAGAGCAACCGAUCCAAUUAUUCAAAACAUAUCACAAACUACGAUAUAUGAAUAGAAAUUAGUCAGGCGUAAAAUAUUGUAUUUUUCGUUAUUAUAUCGAGUUAUAACAUUGUAAUAGAGAAUAAAUUCCUAUAUCACCGAGCUGAAAGUAUAAAUUGUUGAUGAUACGACACACACAUACAAGAUUUCGAUGGUGUGUGGCUUGAAAAUCGAUGUCCUAACUGAGGAUACUCUGAAAGUACUAAAAAUGAUACAAAACAUAUCAGAAUUUUAUUAUAUAAUAAAUAUAACAAUUAAGUAUGUGCAAAAAUAAAGACAUAUCAUAAUUAUAUACAAUUAAAAAAGGUACCGAUAUUAUACACGUGCAUAAAAUACAGUUUCAGGCUUUUGGAAUUAUAUAUAAAUUAUUAAUAUACAUAAAAAAAAAAUAGUCAAUGAACGCACUGGUUUCCUUGUCAAUCGCCAUUGUGAUGCAAAAAUUCGAAAACCCAAAAGCGCGCUGCAAAGUAAAAAGCAGGUCGAUAAUCUCGAUGCAGCGCUGGCUGAAAGUAAAUAAAGUGGAGCGCGACGCGACACUCGUCGUUGUCGCGUUGUGCCGUCUUGAUUGGAGAAUUAUUCUUUUGGCGGAGUUUUCGAUUAGUUUUCCAUCGAGCUUCUCUCCAGCGAUACAAUCGAUAUCGUCGGGUUCAUGCUUCGUGUAUACCGCGUGGCUGACGUGACCUCGAUGACGACGCCGAUGAAUGCGGGUGAUAUAUAAGGCAAAGCACAAAAUAAAGGCGAAUUCGACGGAGAAGCCUGCUGCGAGGUUCAUUUUUUACUCGCAAAAACCAUGUGAAAGUAUAAAAACACACGCGCGCCGAAAACGGUCAGAUUCUAUAUACAAAUAUAUAAAAAUAGCCUUUAGCCAUAUAUCUCUGGAUAAUAUUUUGCUAUUAAUAAAAUAUAUACGAAAGUAAAAAAGAUGAAAAAAAAGAAAAACGAAGCACGAUGAAAAAAAAAAAAAGUUCGAGUGACUCGACUUUAUCGAUCUUCCAUAAUACGUCCCACCUAUCGCUCUCGUUCGACUCGCUCUGUUUCUCUCUGCGAAUGCACGCAGUACGCCCGAGACAACUCGGAAAAAUAUGAAAAGAAAAAAAAAAGAGCAAAAAGAAAAAACAAGACACGUUCCCGUCGUUGACUGCGCGAGAGAGACACGUCUGAGUGAACGUCAAAGCGGGGGUGGAGAAAUGUUUUCGCUCGUCUCCCAAAGCGUCGCUGGUCGCAAAAGGACCUUUCAGGGAGUAAAAAAAAAAAGGAGGAAGAAGGAAGGCCUUGCGCGACCAUGAAAAAUUCAACUCGUUUCGCGAAUCCGCCGACGACGUUCGGGGGUCUAAUUCCGGGCCGAUUUGCCGACUCGUCAGCUCGGCGUUCGUCCGUCGACGCAGUAGCGCGUAGCACGAUAUACCGUAUAUAAUCGAAUAUAAUAUUAAUCGAUACUAGAUGUAAGAAUUUAUGAUUUGAAAAAAAGAAAAAUGAUGAUAUCCAUGUAUCCAUGAAAAAUCAAAUGAACAAUUUCCGUAAAUUAAGUGAAAAGCCCCUAACAUUAAGAUCGCGACCGAGCCGUCGCCCAAAUACGUAGUCGAAAAGUACUCAUUAUAUAUUGCGAGUACGAGUAGUGAAGCAUUCCAAAAAAUGAAAAAAAAUCGCAAAACCGACAAAAAAGCACAAAAUGAAAAACCGUAACUCGAUUCGGAAGUCGCUACCGUAAGGCAACUGAUUGACGGGUGCCGUAGCACGAAACAUCCCAAAUUAAGCUUUCAACGUCCGUCAAGAAAUCGAACGAACUAAAGAAAUCUUAGCACGUAAGAACGACAUAUGAUACUCGAUAAAAUUUAAUGGAAAACGUAGUUUGUAGGUCGAUUUGCGCCGAUGAAAAUCGAGUUGUUCAACGAUCGGUGAUUCAGCCGGAAAUUCGACCGAACGCUCGGUGGCUUCUCGCUGAACGAUUCGUAUUUGACGCUAUGAACGAGCGAGCGAAGGGAAGAUGUGCGAUAAAGUAGGGUUACGCCAAAAAAAAAAAAAAAAAUUUAAAGAAGCAAAGUACGUGUAGGUUUUAGAUAAGUUAGUGGCGAUUUUCACACACCUCUUAUUCACCGAUUCUAUCCGAGCACCAAAAAAAUAUAUGCAGCAUAAUAAAUGUAACUUGAAUUGACUGUUAAAGUUUUAGAGGUAAAUACGAAACACGUUGUUCAACAUCCGAGAAGAGAUAUUGUGAUCCAGAAAAUAUUAACGAGAUGUGUAUUUUUAAAUUUUAUUGUUUCAAAUAAAUUAUAUAUAAUAGAUGAUAUACAAAUAUAAUAAUGAUAAUAUAUUACGUCAGUUUUCGUAUAUAUAGAGUAUAUUAUAUAUUAGAAAAAGAUGGAAAAAAAAUUAAGCGUGAUACAUUCCAAAGCAUCUAUUCAAUGAAUCUCUUUCUUCAAAUAAAUCGCAUCUUUUUACCGCGGUAUGAUAAAUGAUGAAAAAAAGCAAUUCUUCUUUUAAACGCACGAACUGAAACUAAAAAAAAAAUAAUCAUCAACUUCCGGAAUAAGAUGAGAUUCAUUUGUAAGUAUACCGAUUCGAUAUCGAUGUGUAAAAUGAAACAAAAGCAAAAGUAAAUUUGCAACUAUAUCGACGUGCAUUUGUGAAAGUGUUUUACAGAACUCAUUGUUGUUAUAAAAUAGAAAAAUUGCUAAUAGAAUAUGACAUAUCAAGCGGUGAAUCGCAAUAAAGGCUAACAUUAACGAGACUAUUACGAAAAAUUGGAAUAAUUGCGGUAUCGUUUUGGAAAAAUAGUCGUCCGCUACGAGGAUGAAAAUCGAAUGCGUUAUUUUGUAUCUCGAUGUUUGCUGAGUUUUUUUUAAACACACAUUGUACAUCUGCUAAUUACGUUGUACUCGCAAUCGAAAAUUUAUCAAUCAAUUAUGUCGUUGCUUUUCCAGUACUGUAUUUAUUCUCUCUUUCUAUUUUUAAUUUUCAUUGACAUGCAAAAAGAGAACACUGAAUGUAAAGUGAUGAAAUAAAGAUUAUUUACGUUGCCCACACGCGCAUUCUUUAUUCAAGCUGGAUAGUCCGUAGAGUAAAAUAAUGAAAAUAAUAAUGGCAUCGAAUGCAAUUUGAAAUCUCUAAAUGUGAUUGUAGAAUGUAAGCGCUAUAUUUAUUAUUAAAAUUCAUUUUCUCAUCUCUUCGUAUUGUA